CACGCCAGACCGCGUCAAUGACCGCCGCUCCGCCCCGCCGCGCUUCCCGCCCCGCCCGCGGAUGUGGGGCCCUUCCGGGGGCCCGCCCGCCGCCGCGGCUGCCCAUGGAGGCCGAGGCCGAGGCGCGGCUCCUGCUGCAGGAGGCUCGGGAGAGCAUCGAGGCGGCGCGGAGCUACCGGCGGGAGCUGCAGCAGCGGCUGCGGGGGCUGCACCAGGCGCGGCAACAGAUCAGAGAAAGUGCAACAUUGACCAGAGAUGUACUUGAGCAACAUUUUAAUGAUUUAAAAGGGACCCUAAAGAAGCUGUUGGAUGAGCGACUGAUGUCACUGCUGCAGGAAGUGGAUACUAUAGAACAAGACAGCAUCAAACCACUGGAUGAAUGCCAGAAGCUAAUAGAGCAUGGAGUCAGCACAGCUGAUGAUCUGCUCCGGGAAGGAGAGAGUGCAAUCUGUGGAGAUGUGGAACAACAUAAUGAAAAACUUUGCAGCUUUACAAAAAAAGCUUUACAUAUUCAGCUAGAUAGCUUACCAGAAGUGCCCUCGUUGGUCGAUGUGCCCUGUUUGUCUGCCCAGCUGGAUGACUGUCUUCUUACUAUACUGAGAAAUCAGAUAUUCAGACAUGGGACUGUAGCCUCUCGCCCACCUGUACAAUUAGAGGAAUUUGUUGAGAAGCCUGGAGGCAUUUUAGUCCGAUGGUGUAAGGUGGAUGAUGACUUUGUACCACAAGAUUACAGGCUGCAAUAUCGUAAGAGCACUGCCAGUCACUUUGAAGAUGUGUAUGUCGGCUCAGAGACAGAGUUCAUAGUGCUGCACAUUGAUCCUAACGUUGAUUACCAGUUCAGAGUCUGUGCCCGAGGAGAUGGACGGCAGGAGUGGAGCCCAUGGAGCGUUCCUCAGACCGGCCGCACCUCGCUGGUUCCCCACGAAUGGACAGCUGGCUUGGAGGGGUACAGCCUGAGCAGCCGGAGAAACAUAGCGCUUCGCAAUGAUUCUCAGUCCUGUGGUGUGCUCUACUCCAAAGCUCCUACUUAUUUCUGUGGGCAGACGUUAACGUUCAGAAUUGAAACCGUGGGACAGCCUGACAGACGGGACAGCCUGGGAGUGUGCGUGGAGCAGCAGAACGGCUACGAUUCUCUGCAGCGAGAUAAAGCUGUGUGCAUUAGCACAAAUGGGGCAGUUUUUGUAAAUGGAAAAGAGAUGACAAACCAACUGCCUGCCGUCACUUCUGGAUCGACUGUAACGUUUGACAUGGAAGUUGUGCAGCUGGGGCCUCCCAGCACCGAGGGGGGAAGCUUCAAGCUGAGAGUAACCAUCAGCUCUAACAACAGGGAAGUGGUCUUUGACUGGGUGCUGGAUCAGUGCUGCGUCUCUCUGUACUUUGGAUGUUCCUUUUCAUACCCAGGCUGGAAAGUGCUGGUGUUUUAACAGCUCAGGAGAGUGAAGAUUCUCGCUGUAAUGCGUGCUGUCACAACCUGGGCUUCCAGCCGUUUUAUAUCAAUCUUUCUACUACUUGAACUCCACUAUAUUGUACUCCUGCUGGAUUCAUUUCAAAAAAUAAUUGUGAAACAGUGGAUUUGUUACUCUGGAAAAGGUCGAACAGGCAGUUACAUAGACAAUUGAAAGCAAGUUUAAAAAGCAAGACUUUUGUUUUUUUCCUCCAGACUUGACUUUUUUUUUUAAUCAGUAUUUCAUUGUACUCUAGGCUCAGGGUACGCUUGUUGUAUGAAAUUAACUUUGCUUAAUGCUGCUGUUCUGUGAAAUAAGCCUGUAAACUUUUAGGGAGUUGGAGGUAAUGGACCAAAGUUGUAUUUAUGCCACUCCUGAAAAGAGCAGAGCAUUUAGAGCAGCGAUGCUCUGCUAUGCUUCCUUGUAUGCAAUGCUGCCGUCAGAAUAAGGACAGACAGCAGGUCCUGCAGGCCACAGCAGCUUCUUCUAUGCACGGUACUGUUCACUCCUCCAGAACAAGGAUGUCUGAGCCAUGGUGUUUGUUCAGAUAUGGAGCUAAUCUGUUCAAUGUCUCACUCACGUGCCUUAUUUCCAGGUAUUUCUGCAUUGUUUUCUGUACUGUCACUUGGAACGUGGUUUCUAGAGUAGUUCCACAGUGAUGCUUACAGCCCCAGCUCAAUGCUGACACUUGUCACAUGCACCAAAACCUACAGGAGGACAGUUACCUUAUCUGGUCUGAAUGUCUUUCCUGGUUAUACUUUGUAGCCUAAUCCGAGCAAAUCUUGGGGAUUUGGUACUUUUGUUUGACAGGUAGAUGGAAGGAAGCUGUGAUUCUUCACAGAGCCCUGCGCAGUGCAGAGGCCACUUCCUUUCUAUUGCACUGAGCAGCUGUUCCCACGUGUGGGAUUCCCACAGGUGCACAAACUGUGUGCUCAGCUGCUCCAGGCAGGCUGGGGCUGCAGGCAGAGCCCACGGCACAGACUGAACCUGGGGCAGGCAGGGCAGAGCAGAUGGCACCAAAUCUCUCUGUAGUAGAGAUACAGGAUUAAUUGAAACUGUGCAUAAAAUUACCAGUAUUCCCCAGAAGAAUCAAAUAAGAUUUAUAAGGAUGAGCUUGUCAGACAGGUUAUUUGGUCAAAAGAUGGAAUUGUGAUACUGCUGGAUUCAAGGAGUAUUUUUAAAUAAUGCUCAUCAAGGACCUUAAAGCAGACUUUCUUACCUCAAGUAUGUGAGAUUAGUAAUAUAUAUAUUUUUAAUAACACCUAGACAAUCAUUCUGCCCUUUUUCUUCAGUUUCAACAUGCCAUAUUACCCCUAAUGCUGGCAUAAAUGGAUUGGAAUGGCAUCCCCCCAUUUGCACCCUCAGUACAAAAAGAUCAGCUGUCCUGCCUGUGUUUUUCUGCUAACAUCUGUGAAAGGGAACUGCAGAAAAGGAGAAUGGUGGCCGGUAAUACAGCUUAGAAAAAACCAUGGGUUGAUUCAGAUAGAUGGAAAGUAGAAGUGGAUUGGAUUUUACUAUUAAGGGUGGAAGAGUGGACACCUGCAGGUAAGACUGAUCUGUGCAAGCAAGGAAAAGCCCACUGUAUUGUCCACUUCUCGAGCAAAACUAUUUCAGUGUUAGGGAGUAGAAAGAUACUUGCAUAUGCUGUACUUCCAGUAUUCCUUUUACCUAGUGUGAAGAAUGUUGCUAACAGUGCUGCGUCCCGUCUGCCAUCUCAAAUAUUGUUCUUUUGCUGUAGCCACAAAGGUUGAGCAGAGGUUCCAGCUGAGUCAGUGCUGCUCAGAGGCUGGCGGUGCUGCAGUCGCAGUCAGUCGUGCUCCGGUGGGACGAUUCGGUAACUUUACCUGUAAGAGUCCAGGGGUCAGGUACAAAUUCCAAGUCAGUACUGUGACUGAAAACUAAAAUAGCAGAUACCUGCACUUGUGAGGAGCCAGCAGCUCAGGUACCUCCCACCUGCUUUGUGAGGGUCUGGUCAGACUUGAUGUUGCUGCUGUUUACCAGCACUGCGGGACAUAAAGCUCGAGUUCAGGUACUUCCAGAGAUGGAAUGCUUCGUUUGUUCAGAGCAUAGUUAGCAAGCAGCUGAAGAUAACUGUGAAGGGCUGUCCCAGGACGCGCUGCCCCAGGACAUCCCUACUGCUCCCCUUGAGAGCUGAGGAUGGGAAGACACAAUAUUCGUUCUGACCUCAGUUUUUACUCCUCGUGACCAGGGCAGCAUCCCUGGUGAACUUCUAACUCAGAGGAAGACUAGCUGCCCAAUGAGUAUUAGGUACUGCUCAGCCACCUCAGAAGCUGUAUGCUUAAACCUGGGAAGGGUGAAGAAUCCCAGGGCAAGAGAGCUGAGUAAUUACAUAACAAGGUAUCCCAAGAGCCAGAAGAGGCUUGGAUUAAAAAGGUUGAAAUUCCAUUCUUCCUCAGCAGAGUUCAGCUAGAUGGAGGACUGGGCCCUUCCUUCACAGCUUUGUCACCUCCAGCUACCAGAGCCUUGCAAGAGAGAGCAAACUGCUUGGGAAGUCCUGGAAGCGUUUUUGAAGCUCGUACGUUCACUUACCUCAACUAAGAUGUUUGUGUCGAGUGAAAUUUGAAUUUUUUUAAAUAAAGUUUUAUCCCACAGCCGCGUUUGUAAGUUGUGAUUGGGGCAAAACUGGGCACGGCUGAGCUCCUCUGAUGAGCACAAAUGCAUUCUGGAGCACUGCAGCUCCCUUGAAGAGCUUCUCCAUUUCUCUCAUCUUCAGUUCCUCCAAAGUCCCACACAAGUUGUGCAGUUUGUGUACUUGCGUGUAAAACUUACAUCUAUGGUGAUAGCUCUUGCAAACAAAGUUUCUUCCGUAUUUUUUUUUGCUUACCAAAGCAUUUCUGUCACAUUCUCAAUAUUCUAUCACAGCUUAUUUGUCUGUUUCACUGCAUCUUUUGUCAGAUUCAUUAAUACAGAUUUUGGCUCCUGUUACUAAGCAAGCAGCAGUACAUCAAGAGAAGUCCCUGCUGAACAGAGUUCUUAUUCCCCUAGUUCUGCUUUACCUGCAGCUUGCUCCAUUUCUUUGGUGUCCUUCGAAGGCAACACACCUAACUCAUGAAACCAGUAAAUAAGGAAGCUGACAGCAGAGAGCUCCCAUAAAUACAGUAUUGGUAUGAAGGAACCUACUUGAGGUGCUCUGCCUGAGGAGCACAGCUUCAGACCUUCAUCAGCAAACUCAGGCCAGCAGAUACCACAGCCUUCGAAGGAGAGGCUUCCCUUCACGCAAAGCUUCAUGGCCUUGCAAGCAUGGGAGAGCAGAUCUACGAGGAGCUGGGCCAGCAGGAAGGCCUUCAUUCCAGCACUCAGCGAUGGCACCGAACUGCUCUGAACACUGAACAAGAUCAUCAAAUUGUCCUCACAGAUCAGCUCCCACAUUGGCAGAGGUAAGCUGCUCGUUUGCAGCAGGUUACGUGUUUAAGUUUUAAGUGACUCCCCGAGGUUGUGAUCGGCACAGUUCAAACUGUGACUGCUUCAUCCCAGAAAGCAAAUCUCUUCCUCCCAUCACAACCCCCUGCUUUUCAAGGGCUGAUACAGAAACUAUGCUUAUGGUGCUCAAGGUUAACAGUAUACAUUCACCUAAUAAUUUUGGUGAGAGUAUCUAAUACACUGAAUUCAAUAUGAAAGUAAAGUGGGUGGUUGCAACUUGGGGUUCAGAGACCAGCUGUGUUAAAAUAAGCACCAAAAAACGUACCAGAAAUCUGCCAUCAGCACAUGAAGCUCAGUUAGAACAACAGUUCCAGAGGGCCGCACAACCGAUAGCACAGAAUCCAGCGGUCACAGCCUGCAUCUGAAAAUCCCAUUCACUUUUAACACAGAAAAAGGGUUUCAGCGUCUGCUCUUCAGCCCCUGCUAUUGCAGUGAGCACUGCAACUCACUGCUUAAUUCUACAGCACGGAGAGAACAGGGCCUCUGCAAUAGGAGAUGCACUGUUUGAAACUGCUAUCGAUUAAAUGCAAGUCAAGAUCUGCUUGAAACAACUGCUUGCACAUGAAGAAACAAAACCCGACUGCUCUUAUUUUCCUAGCAGAAAACCGAGCCAUAGCUUCACGUGUUGAAGUGCUCACAAGAGCUGCAGGGCAGGAACUUGUGGAGGCCCUCGCACAGAGCAGAGAGCAGCCGGCCGAGUUGCAGGUGAGCACAGGGGCAGCGGAGUCGCAGGGCGCUGCUGGGCCUUUCUGCAUGCACACAAAGGAGCAGACAACCAGCGUGGCACGUUUUAUAUUACUGAACUUUAUGUACAAAAGCCGAUUUCAAAUAAAACAUUUAAUGUAAAAACAAUGGUUCAUUUAAACAACUGAACUUGGUUUGUUUUUGCU